UUCUCACGUCAAACGUGGCGCGUCAGCGAACGGGCGUAAAGUCUCGAAGAAGCGCGCAGCUCCCCAAAUCUUUGCGGCACUCUUGCUGUUAUUAUUUUUCUCCACAGCUGGCGCGGGCCUCGUUCGCUCAGUCGAAUGCCAGUUGUUUAGCCUCAUGUCCUGCUGCUCGUGGACUUCCAAGGGGUAUCGUGGUUAGCCACUGCGGGAAAAAGAGGAUGCUGGACUUGAUAGGCCUUUGGUCUGAUCCGGAGGCACUCUUCUUACGCUCUCUAGCUUCGGCCCUUCUAGUGCUUGCAAGCAACGUAGAAGCUGAAGAAUUUCCCAAGACCGCCUAGAAUUCUUGUCGCCCUUUAGAAGAGCCGAUGGUUUGCAAAGGCUCAGAAAAGAGAGGCGUUUUUGGCAACCUGGUCUCCCGCUAUCCCUGGGCCCUUUACGCUUUGAGGCGCGCGUUCCUUUCUCAACCCGCGUACUUAGCUGUCGUCUUCCAGCCUCCGAUACAGAGAGCUUAUGCGAGUCUAUUAGCAAGCGCGUGGUAGUGAUGGCGGCUUUCACAGAGACUUUUCCUGUCACUGGAUACUAUCCCUGCUACCAGCGGCGGCGGGAGCAGCUUUUAACUAGCCCUGCUGCUGCCGCCGCCUACAUGCUGCAAAGCCCGUCUGCAGGAGGGGCCAAAGAGAAGUCUUGACCAACUCCCCUUCCUUUCUCUCUCCCCCUUCCUGUCUUUCUAGCUGCUUGCAACCGCGGAAAUCUCUCGGGCACGCCACCGCCAUGGGCAUGUUGGACAGGCUAAGGAAGGAUUGGUUCAUUCUGGGAAUAGUCGUGGUCAUCGCGGUGGCUAAACUGGAGCCGGCCUUUGGGGUGAAAGGAGGACCACUGAAACCAGAAAUCACCAUCACGUAUAUAGCUGUUUCGGCUAUAUUCUUUAACAGUGGGCUCUCGCUGAAAACUGAGGAGCUGACAAGUGCUUUGAUGCAUGUGAAAUUGCAUCUUUUUGUCCAGAUCUUCACACUUGUAUUCUUCCCAACAGCAAUAUGGCUAUUUCUUCAGCUGUUAUCUAUCACACCUAUAAAUGAAUGGCUUUUAAAAGGUUUGCAGACAGUAGGCUGCAUGCCACCUCCUGUAUCUUCAGCAGUGAUUUUAACCAAAGCUGUUGGUGGGAAUGAGGCAGCCGCUAUAUUUAAUUCAGCGUUUGGAAGUUUUUUGGGCAUUGUAAUAACUCCUUUGCUCCUGCUGCUUUUUCUUGGGUCAUCAUCCUCUGUGCCUUUCUCAUCAAUAUUCUCACAACUGUUCAUGACUGUUGUAGUUCCACUCAUAAUUGGACAGAUUGUCCGAAGAUAUAUCAAGGAAUGGCUUGAGAGAAAGAAGCCUCCAUUUGGUGCUAUCAGCAGCUGUGUGCUCCUAAUGAUCAUCUAUACAACAUUCUGUGAUACCUUCUCCAAUCCAAAUAUUGACCUUGAUAAGUUUAGCCUGAUUAUAAUCGUUUUCAUAAUAUUUUCAGUUCAGCUGGGAUUCAUGCUGUUAACUUUCUUCUUUUCUACAAGGAAGAAUUCUGGUUUUACACCAGCAGAUACAGUGGCUAUUAUCUUCUGUUCUACGCACAAAUCUCUGACUUUGGGAAUACCAAUGCUGAAGAUAGUAUUUGAAGGCUAUGAGCACCUAUCUUUAAUUUCUGUCCCUUUACUUAUCUAUCACCCGGCUCAGAUUCUCCUUGGCAGUGUGUUGGUACCAACAAUAAAAUCUUGGAUGAUUUCUAGACAAAAGGAAAUCUACAAUAGAUGGCUUCUUAAAAGUUACCAGUCUUCAUCAUCCACGUUAUGUCAGAUGUGUGAUUCCAGUUCCCUGUCUUUGGGGAUUGCCAGGAGUGAGAGAGGACUAGGGUAUGCUGCCAGUCAGUGUCAGAGAAACAAGACAGUGUCAUGUCUCCAGGCACUGAAAUUAACAAAGCAACCCAAGGUGCCGGUGAAAGUAUAACAAUGGAAGAGAUCCAGUGGAUGUAUAUAUGUACUAUUUUGUACAUACACAGAGACAAUUCAGAAGAUGGGCAUAUGUGAAUGUUGCUUCGGCACUUAUUUUAUUUUUAUAGAUACAUACAUAUAUAUUUAAAAUACCUACUGAAGUGCCUUAAAAUAUAUUUGACAAAAACAUUGAUUCCAAAAUCACAUGGCUGCUUAGAGGUUGCACAAAUUUUGUGGGUCAUUUAAUUUUUAUUUUUCUUACUGAGUGAAUAUUUCUGACAAUGAAAGGCUGGAGCUUCCAUCAUCACACCUUCUCAGAGGCGAUGGGCACAAUCCACCAAGUGUUUCUCACAUAAGCUCUACUAAACUGAAUGAAGAGUGAACGAAAGCUGUGUUCUGAAGAUUCUGCUAAUCAAUGCCAGACCAAAACAAACUAGGGACAACUAACUCGCUGACUACCGGAAAGUGAAUUCUGAAGUUUUAGUCAUGAUUAACUUGAAUUUCUGUGUGAUUCCAUAGCCCUCCCUGCUCCUAUGAUUAUGACAUGCCUUUUUCUUUUGAGUUUGUGUACACUCAGCAUGGGGCCAUCCAUUGGAGAGAAACUGAGAAGCAUAAAUUAUUUGCAUUUGUUGACACAGUUGUCUAGACAUUCCUUCAAAGCUAAUGGCUUCUCAAGACAAUUCUCUCAGUUCCAUUUUUAUGAUUUUAUGGCAUUGUAUAUCUUAAAUGCAUCAUGAGCAUCUUCAAAGAGAAGACCUGGUGGUAAGGAAAGAUCUGUGAUCUACAAGUGCAGCUAGGAUGGUUUUUAUUAGUAGCGUUAGUAUGAUUACUGUUAACCCACACUGAGCAAAAGAUCCUCCCUUUUCCCCCCCAGAUUCAGUAUGCCGUACCCCACAGUGACAGAAGCAGAUACUAUACUAAUACUGCAACAGCCUCUUUAUUGUCACUUGCAGAGUUCUUCUCUACGCUGCCCCAAGAGCUGCACACCCAAGCUUAUGAAGAAGAAAAAAAUAAUUAUUUUUGGAGGGGGGUUCCCCAGCAAGCAAAUAUAUUUGUGUACUAUUCUAAUGUUUAAAAGCACUGGUAUAAAGGGGAUUAUUUCUGUUCAAUUUGGCUGCUGUAGCUUGUGUGGAAAAAGAAAUUAAAUGUGUUGAUUUUUCUUUACACUUUGAGAAAAAUACUAUGAAUACAGACAAAAAAUAGGGGAAAUUUAAUAAUUUAUGCUGUAAUUCUGUACACUCUUACCCAGGAGUAAGUCCCAUUGAAUUAAUUGGAAUUUACUUCUGAGUUGACAUGGAUCAGAUUGCACUACUAGUAAACAGUGUUAUUAGACAAAACAGUGGUCUGGGAGAUGGGUAUACUAUGACACUCUCAUGAGCUUGGCAAUUGUAUGGCCCCAUCUAGGAGAUGCUUGUGGGCCUGGGAGUUCACACUGCAACCCUACUCACAAGAUCUUCCUAGUUCAUAGCCCAUUCCAUUGAAGUAUGUGAAGAUAAACCCGCUUGUACAAGACAUAUGUGUGCAUUUGACCACAAAUAGGAAUGAGAAUGUUGAUUUUGAAAAUGGUCACCACUGUAUAUUACAGUAGAAAGAAAGGACAGAUUCUUAGGGAAUGGCCUUCAACUUCAAUGUUGGUUCACACAACAUAGUAAGCCAAACUGGCUGAGUGAGAACAUGCAAACAUAUGGGCUCCCAGAGAGGACUUUGCAGCUGCUUUUCGUUCCUCCCGUCCUUUUUACUGCUGUGCCUACCUAAACCAAGAUUGGCUUGGUGUGUUGUCUGAAGCAGGGAUUGUGGUUAAAUUUCUCACUAACUGCAAACUGUAGAUUGGCUUACUGUGUCAUGCAAAUCUUAUUAACUGCAUACACAAAUACUUUGAAACACAUUCCACUACCCCAUAUCCCAAGGCUUAAUAGUGCUUUGUUCAUACUGGGAUUAACUGUCCUGUCCUUAUAGGCCCCUUCCAACUCUGCUAUUCUAUGAUUCUAUGAUCAUUGUAUUUGGGGCCAAGCUAAGGUGCAUUAUUAUGGUAUCAAUAAUUUGUAUGAAAUGGCUUCCUUGUCACUAAGGUCAAAAUGUGCUUAUUGAUAGGUCACUUCUGUGAAAUAAAAUUAUCACUUCUGAAUGGUAAAAAUGCAUGAUCCGGCAAAGAACUAAGUGCCCGUUAAGAAGAAUUAAGGUCAGUAAAAUUGAGCUCAAAGGGUACUGUGUUUCACCAAUUAGAUUGCCUCAAUCAUGUUUAUUUGCAAAAAAAAAAAAAUCACAAUUAUAAAAUGACUAUUCCAAGAGAUGUUUCUGACAAGUACACCCUGAACUUAUUGCAAGCUGGAUUUUCAGUUAAAUAGGUCAAAUAUGUUUUUAUGAAAUCACAAAUUCACCUCAUAUACAUCUUGACUGGUUUAAAAACACAGACAGGAAAAAAGUAAGAAAAAGUACUCAUAUGCUUUCUUUUUGUUUGGACAAAUGCUUUCUUGGACCUCCAAAAUGCUUGUUAUCCAGGCCGCAACACAUCUGGUCAUAGGCUAAGAAAGAAAAUGAGACCCAGAAGUUGAAUGUGGUUGAAUGUUCCAAAACUGGUUGCCAAUAUAUUGUGAAUUUCUCUUGUGUGCAAGCCCUAGGGAAAUGAAGAAAAGAUGCACAAGAGUGCAAGUUUUGCUCUUACGCAAAUCCAGUUCAUUUUGAUGCUUCUUGCACAUGAAAUAUUCUUGGCUGAUUCUGCUGCCACUGUUAAGCUCACACCCUACUCUUCUGUUUUGUUAUUUGAGUCAUGUCUGCUCUUAAACAGUCGCUACACUGCUUCUCAUCCAACAGAUCUACCUCAAAUUACUACAGUACCAUCAGUUCAUGAUUUUUAACUAUGGCAAUUUUAUUCAUGUUUUAGUGUAUUUAAGGCUUCCGGGGAGAAGCCUUAAAUACAGGCUUCUUGGCUAUAAUUGUUUAUGGCUUGGAACAGCCUAAGUAGUGUUGUGUUUCUUCCUCAUUUUAGAUAAAUGAAUGUUGGAUGGAUUGGAACAUAAAGGAACAUAAAGCAAAACUGAAUUACAUCCUUUAAGUCCAUACUUAGUAAUUAUUAAUAUCCAAAAUAUUGGGUUACGUUUCAAGACUGUUAAGAUGUUCAUUUCAUGCCUUCAGUUGUAAGAGGAGCUCAUUGGAUGUUAAUUUGGAAAGAGGCAAAUGGAUAGGUCUGCAGUUUAUUUUUGUAACUUGGGUCUUUUUUUCUGCCUUGGUAAAGUUUUUUGUUUCUUUUCAAAGUCUAUAUAAACACUUUUUUAAAAAUAAAAAUGACUGGUUAAAAA